AUGUUAGGGGAUCCCCUGUUUGUUGAGUUAGCCGAUCGGGGUAGUGUGGGGAUGGAAGGGCACUGCUUGGUGAUAUGUGGUGAGUGGUUGUGUUCUGGGGACCGUAAGUGGGAGUUUGUGAUAGAUAAGAACUAUAUGUCAAGGGUGGUGGUCUUCCGAGAGGGUAUGUCUAUUGAGGAGCUGAAAGAGAAUGUAGUGACGGAGUUCUUUGGGAACAAGGGUUUUGGGACGAGUUUGGGUCUUAGUUACUGGUCCCCGAACAGUUCGGAGCUGGCUACCGGUAUAACGACGCCUCUAGUAAUGGUUAACAGCACAGCGGCAAUAGGGUAUUUCUGCAAACACUGCCGUGUGAAAGAUGGGUUUAAUUUGUUUGUGCAUUUUGGUAUAGAGGCUCCGGAGGAGAAAUGGUGUAGUAGUGUAGAUGGUGGAGAAGGGUACAGUACCCCGGGCCCGACGCUUAAACGGAAAGGUUUGUUUGAUGAACAAAGCACUCCUGCGAGAGAUGGCGCUGGUGCCUCUGCCUAUAGUGGGUAUGGAUCAUCUGAUGGGACGAAAACAUGUCCGUUGGAUGUGGAUGAUGAAGAGAUUUUUAGUCAUGUGGAGAUGACGGAGGAGCGGCUGAGAAGGGGCCGUUCAGAGAUGGAGGACGGUGAUUGUACUACGCGGAAGUACAAAUCUGAGUCCGACGAAAGCAGCAUAACUUUUGACGAGAACAUAAACGUGCAACCGAUGGGGAGCCGCUACUCGAGGAUCCAAUUGGGGGAUCUAAGACUGUUGAGUUUAUGUGUCCUCCAACGGCUCGGAAUGCUGGGGAAGCAGCUGGACGGCCGCAUGUGA